UGAGUUAACUGUAACUGAAUGUGCCAUUUGAAUUUUUUGAUUGUUAGUAUUUUUAUUGUUUGACAGCUAAGCGAAAAAAUUUUCAAAACAUUUUAGCAUGAAAUUUAUCACUUUUUAUUUUUAGGAAGACCUAGCUGCAUCAAAGAACUUUGCCAAUGUAAAUCUGAGAUUUAUGAAAUAGCUCGAAAUUUUUUAGAAUAAUGAGUUCAAAACCAUCUUUCCAUCAUGUAAAUGGACGUAGACCUUACGUGCCAAGACAGACUCCUGAUCCCCCACACUUGGAAGUCAUUAAAUACAUUCAUGAUUCCUGGAAAAAUAUUUGUAGAGAAAUUGAAGUAAAUCGAUCUUGUGCAGCCGAAGGAAAACCACCAACCAUUACAUACUAUUCAAGUAAUUUACCUGAAGAACAGUUUCCACGGCCAGAUUUCAAGCGUUUUGACCUGGAUGGAUUUCUAGAAAAAAGGCUUUUAGCAUUUCAAGCCAACAAGCAACAGUCUCAAUGAAGGGAAAAAAAUUAUAUGAGAAAAAAUUGUGUUGAAGCCGGCAACUGUCUAUGCAUCAAUAAAAAAAAAUAUUUUUUAAAAGCAAAAAUGUUUACUUAGUGUGGUUGGAAUGAUUUUCAGUCAUUAAUUUUUUUUUAAUUUUAUUUUAUCACUAUGAUGCAACCUGCAUCACUUUUUAGACAAAAAUUAUUUUGCUUGUAAAAGACUAUUUUUUGUACUGAUGCAAAUGCUGAAAUGCAUAUGAUAUUUGCUAGUUAUUUGUACAUUACUUUUUCUACUUUAAUAAUGAAAUUCUUCUUAUACCUGAUUCACUGAACAAGAGUUUACAUAUUUUGUGUCAUUAUUGUCAAAGUACACUAAUAUAUACAAGAGCAAUAAUAUUAAUGUUUAUUCACUGUUUACAUAACUUGAAGUUUAUGUGUUUUACUUUGUGAUAUAUUUUUCCGUGAAGGUUCAGUUGUAAAAGAAGGAAAUCGUUGUUUUUUCAUACUGUAAAUUACAGUAAUAAAAAUUGAAUCUAUGCAUCUAGUUAAAUUGUUUUUUAUUAAAAAUACUUUUAUUCCA